CCAAACCGGCCAAGCCCACACGAACCGCGGCGGACAACAUUGUCGAGAGGGCAAAAUACAACACACAAAACAGCGCUCCCUACGUACAGUGACGGAACGGAAAACUUUGGUCCCAGCUCAACCAGCACCACAGCUCUGAAGUCAGUCAGUCAGUCAGUCGCUAAUGCGCCGUUGAACCGCGAUCAUCGAUACCGGGAGAAACGUCGCCGGUGGGGGUCCGAUCCGAUCAUCGUUAGGCACAUCUCGGUGGAAUAGAAGCGGUGUGCGCGUUAUCAGCUGAUACGCACCGCGGGGUGUUAACAUCUCUACUAAUGUGUUUAAGGUGAAACAAAUGAGACGUCGUUAGUGGGAUUUUACAAAUGCAUGGUAGUUUGUCAAUUGUUGUGUGAAGUGCCGCACAAGAAGUGCUCGGAAUGCUACUCGUGAUGGAGCCAACUUUCGAAUGGUAGUUAGUCUAGGGUAGCGAAAUAGUGACAAGGAGGGAAUGGUUCUCUCGGUGGUUUGUUGAUUACAGUUCGUGAUAUGCUAAUGUUAAACCGUUACCACCGGCCAGGGAAAGUAAUGAAAUGCAAUUCAUGCUAUAUCAGUUCCAAUGUUUAGCUAUGUAAUGUGUGCCGAAAAUAGUGAGUUAAAUGAAAAAGUGAAAUAUAACAGCAAAUGUUAAGAUACUUAGUAUGAAAAUGGAAGAUAAAAAUUUACUUUCGAAUUAGCACGUAAAUCGUUCGCAACAAUCACACCAUCCUUAACAUCAUUAUUUGUUCGAGUGAGCGAGUGAUUUGGAUUGCGUGGGUGGAGGAGGAGGCGUUGAUUGAUGGAUACCUCCACCACCACCACUAGCAUAGGAAAGCAAGAUAUGGCCAUCGCGGAUCGACUGCACCGGGAGAACCGGUCUACGGUGUACCAAAAAUUAACUCCUCCGCAGAGAUCGGCAUCGGAUCACGGUGCAGUUCAACCACGAAGAGACAGUUUCAUCGUCUGUCUGGGACAUCAGUCAAGAUUUCACAUCAUCCUGAGCCUUUUCAUCUGUCAACUGUUGGCACCCAGCUACGGAGCCGAAUUCAUGACAGCAGGCAUUGCCGGCGGAGGUCGUUCGAUCCGUGUCAACACUCCACAGCAAACGGACCAAAGCUCUAUCCUUCCAUCCAACGAGUCUAGUUUAGAUAGGAUAAAUUCUGUGCCAGUUUCAGUUAACGGCACUCUUGGUAGCAGUAGUAGUACAGUAAACACUAAUAGUAGCAUAAAUACUAACCAAAGAAAGCAGGCUGCGUUGAGCCAAGACAGUGCAACGGAAGCAUUCGGUGUCACGUGGAACGCGUUUAAGUAUGUUAAUAAGGGAGAGUUGGGAAAGAAGCGAUUCGAGAAAAAAUCAACCGUGAUCACACCUCAAACCGUGGACAUGGCAAACUGGCACUGUCCCAACAUUAGUCAGAAUGCCAAUCUGGAAUGUGGCUGUGAUAUGCCCCAUACGUUGAGAUGUCGAGGUGACCUGCACGGGCUGGAACUGAUAGCUGAAGGUCUUCGUGCGUCCCAGUAUUCGGUAUCGCUACUGGAUUGUACAUUGAAAAAUGUUACUGUUUUAAGUGAUGCAAAUAUUUUCGAAAAUGUUUCUCUUCAAGGAUUAGUCAUAUCUUCAGGAGAAAUUAAACGAGUCCACAGGUUGGCAUUUGCGGGAAUCAAAAACUCUUUGCAAGCACUGGGAUUGCCGAACAAUGCUCUGCUGGGAGUACCGAUGCAAUCGUUCAUAUCUCUUCCCCAACUGGACCGUCUCGAUUUGUCGAAUAAUAGAAUCAAGUCUAUACAAAACACAGAUUUCAUAUCACUUUCAAAAUUAUCAUACCUGGAAUUAAGCGAGAAUCAAAUUUCGGUAAUAGCUCCAAAAAGUUUCAUGCCUCUAAGAAAUUUGAUACACUUGAAAUUAAACGGAAACAGACUCGGCGAGACUCCCGGAAGCUUGAAAUCACUGGAGCCUUGCUUGAGUCUCCGUGAAUUAGAUCUCCGUUCAAACACAAUUCGUGGUCCGUUACGGAACACAACCCUACCGGUGAUCAAAGGCUUAGAGAUCUUAAACCUUGAUAAAAAUUCAAUCUCCAGUAUUCAAAACGGAGCCCUUGAAGCCCUUGCAUAUCUGCAGAUGUUGUCUCUUCGACACAACCAAAUAGAUGUACUUCAAGAUCACGCAUUCUCUGGGCUGGCGUCGCUACAAGUACUAGAUCUUGGUCACAACGGAAUCGUCGCCAUAUCCGGAUCAUCACUGAAACACUUACCAAGGCUAAUAGUUCUGGAUCUUACCCAUAAUUUUCUUCGAGCGCUGACGUCCGAUAUCGUAUCACCUUUGCCUUCACUCAAAGAACUACGCCUAGAUGGGAAUGACAUAUCCAUCAUUGCCCAGAAUGCUCUUUACAAUGCUUCCGAACUGCAUAGUCUGUCACUAGAAAACAACCCGCUGGCUUGCGAUUGUUCGAUGAGACCUUUCGCCGAAUGGUUGGCCACUUCUCGUAUAGCCUCCCAGGAUGUCCUGGGAGCUGUGUGCGCAACUCCGCCUCAUCUGGAGGGAGCAUCGCUACUACAGAUAACAAUCGAAUCCAUGAACUGCAACGGCAAUGGCAAGGAUAAAACUGAUGAGAGUACCUACAAAACGAUCGAAGUAAUGCUGAAACUCAAGAACAAUGAAUCCUACAUACGGGAUAUUAGCGGUGACGUCCAGCUCCGAAGUAUCAAUUUUACCGACGAAAGCGAUGUGUUCUUGUACUGGAGAAUGCAGACGGAUGACUACUCGUGCCGUUUCGUGUACGUAUUUCAUGAUGACGAUCCGGAAAACAUUCUGUUUGAGUCAGAGGUAUCCUGCAUUCAAACACCAGAGGUAGCGAACGCCAGCGAUUAUGUUUUCGUUACCAAACUGAUCGGAGCGUAUGAUCUUCAAAGUGAGCUAAGCUAUAAGUUCUGCCUUAUUUUGAAGGAAGACAUCUCCAAGGAUGAAUUUCUCGGAUCAUGUCAAGUGAUGAUUCUUCCGGUGCCAUAUCUUAACCGAACGAAGAGCAAAUCCAAAAAGAAGGAACUAGCACAGAUGAAUGAACCGCACAGCCUACCGUCCAUACCAGCUAGGACCAUCAACAGAGAUACCGAUAUCUCCAAUCUGAAUCGGAUAGCAGAAGCCGACCGACAAGCAGACGAAGCGGAUGAUGCUGGAGCAUACUACGACGAAAUGUUCGACGGAAGGAUGGUAGCGGAAGAUGCCGACAUGAUGGCAUUCAACCGGAUGCGACUGGAGGAAGCGGCCGCUGCACGGUUAUCCUCCGUCGGUGUUAGCAGAAUAGUGCUAGAAGGGCUUGGCACGGUUAUUGUCCUGACUAGUUUGAUGGCCUCCGUUUGGGCAUUCAUCAGGCUAAAAAGUGGACACCGUAAUAUUCCGUCAAUGAGCACCUGCUACACGGUGGACGAUCGAAGGGGAACGUUACAGGAAAUCGAGAGCAGAAGUCGAUAUUUUAAGUUGCAGGCCACGACCAGUUUAUGAUAGUUGGUGGAAUAUUUUGUAAAUCUGAUGAGUUAAAGUUGCUUACAUUCCUUGCGAUACGAAAGUGUCUGCGAAAAUAAGAUAGUGGAUCAUCCGACGAUUCAAUUAGAGAUGAGAUAUUCUCUUUAAAAUCUUAAAUCAUCUUAAAAAUGAUUCGAGACCUGCAUUAAAGGUCAUUUGUUGUGUAAAUACUUUUGGAAAACAUAGUUAUUUAUGAACAUAAGAAAAUACAAACUUCGUUGCCAAGUUUGUACAUGGAAAGAUUACCAUUAACACGUUAUUGACAAUAGAUUUCUUUCACUGUUUGUGCCAUUUUGUGUAAAAUGUUUUGUAAAUAAAUCAA